AUGAGAUGUUAUCGAAAGUGCCAACUAGUCAGUCGUCGUCGGCAACGACGCCAACGGCAACAAUCCAGUGUUAUCGUUGCACUUGGACUUUUUAUAACUUCAUUAGCUGGAUUUUUUCUGCUUAUUCAAGCUUUAAAUUCUGAUGAUAUUAGAAUCACAUACUUAACUGCAUUUUCAUCAUCAUUACCUAAAUGUCAUUGUUCGAAAUCAUCAUUAGUGGCUUUCAAUCAUGGUGAAUGUUUUUUCAAUCAACCUGCUUGUUAUCCAGGAUUUAUUGGAGAUCAUUGUGAAAUAGAAUUAAAAAAUGAGACUUAUCGAUCUCAUUGUCCAUCAGAUAUCAAUAAAGUUGAAUGGACUGUAUGGCUGAUUAAUCAAACGAAAACCAAAUGUUUGCGCUCACACUUCGCUCAACAAGAAUGGAAUACAUCUUGUUUGUUUCUUUGUUUUUAUCAUCGCUUAACUGGUGUAACUCAAAUACCAUCAAUAUUCUGGCAUAGGUCCUUAGGCAAUGAACUUUCUUAUUGGCGAGACAAUCCUAUGACAAUUGAUGAUCGUCUUCACGAGCAUGUUGAAGGUUUUCAUGGUUAUAAAAUCAUUCCGCUAAAACUCAAUUCAAUUAUUGAAAUUGGUGCGGGUCCAUUUACACAAAUUCAGUAUCUAUUAACACCGUUUCGUUCAAUUAAACAGAUAACGCUUAUUGAACCAAAUGCAUUAAGUUACAUGCAAAUGAAUAAUUGUGCAUAUCGUGGUGGUCAUCUUCGUGGCUAUCCAGUAUCAAUUAUCAGCGAAUCGAUUGAAAUCGUUAUGGAAAAACGUCGUUACAAUGCUUUUUUCUCGAAUUCAUCAAAAUAUUAUUCAGUUGUAAUCGCGAUUAAUGUGGUUGAACAUGUUAGUAAUGCAUUUGAAUAUUUUCGUGGUUUAUAUGAUUUAUUGGAGGAUAAUGGUUUACUCAUAUUUCAUGAACGAUGGUAUGAUUAUCCACAGCAAGGUGAUUGUUUACUUCAGAAUGCUGAAAGUUUACAUCCAAUACGAAUAACAAAAUGGAUAAUCGAUCAAUUUCUGAAGCAAUUCGAAGUAAUUUACAUUAAUUUUAAUCGAACACGACGACAAAUCCAUUCAGUUUGUUUUGAGCAAGGAGUUUAUUUUAUCGGACGAAAAAAAUCGAAUUGCGUGUGA